AUAUUCUACAAUAUAAUAUUAUUAAUUAGUUCAUAAAAACUAAUAUAUGUUGCCUUUUUAUUGACAUAAGUGCUAAAGAGUAUCUGUUGAAGAUUAUCUAAAGAAAAAAGUAGAAAAUUUUUGUCGUUAAAAUACAGUGUGAUGUUAAAAAAUAAUUUUAUAAAAUUGCCACCGAAUGUUACUAGUUUAUCUUCGCAUGCCGAAAAAUCAAGUACAGAAACAUUACAAACAGAUUAUAUAAUACCACCGGAAAAAAUAAAAAUGACUAAAAAACGUUGGUAUGAAUUCGAAACGCCUAUAAUUUGGAGUAAUGUGUUUUUCAUCAUAGGUCUUCAUUUAUUGAGUUUAUAUCACAUUAUUACAUUCCCGUAUUUAGAGCGUAAAACAUUGUGUGUAUGGGUCGUUACAAUGAUAAUAAUGUCGGGAUUGGGGGUGACGGGUGGAGUACAUCGACUUUGGACUCAUCGUGCGUACAAAGCUAAGACACCACUUAAAAUUUUUCUAGCCAUCCUGUACUACUCUGCUGGACAAAAUAGAAUUUAUGAUUGGGUUAGAGACCACAGAGUUCAUCACAAAUACACAGACACAACAGCAGAUCCACAUGAUAAUAAUCGAGGUUUUUGGUUCAGUCACGUUGGCUGGUUGAUGUUAAAAAAACGACCGGAAGUGGUUCAACGUGGAAAAGGAAUUGAUAUGAGUGAUAUUCUCAAUGAUCCGGUUGUUCAGUUUUUCGACAGAAAUUAUUCUAUCCUCAAUGCAUUGUUCACUUUUGUGAUUCCUGUGUUGAUUCCCGUUUACCUACUCCAUCAAGACUGGAAGUAUUCAAUCAUAUCACAAGCGUUCAUUCGUUAUUCGUUGACUUUAAACUUCACCUGGUCAGUCAAUAGUUUUGCUCACAUGUUUGGAUAUCACACUUACGACAGAAGUAUUGAACCUGCUGAGAAUUUACUAGUCAGUUGGGUUUCUGGGGGAGAAGGUUGGCACAAUUACCAUCAUGUAUUCCCGUGGGAUUACAAAGCAGCCGAAUUCAAAAGUGUAUUUUUCAAUGCCACGACCGAAUGGAUUGAAUUGUUUGCUAAAAUAGGAUGGGCCUACGAUUUGAAACGAGCAACUCCUGAGCACAUACAAAAAGUCGUCGCGAGAACAGGCGAUGGAACACAUCCUGUAUACUUGACGUCUAAACAUUUAGCGAUGCAGCCUGAAUUAAUGAGCUCUCACAAAAAAUUGAGAAAGAAAAGGUGGUAUGAGUUUGGAACAGAAAUACUUUGGAAAAAUGCUAUUUUUAUAAUAGGUCUACACGUAAUUUCAUUGUACUGUAUUAUUACCUUUCCGUAUUUAGACCGAAAAAUUUUAUUUGUAUGGGGAUUCGUCGUAGGAACAUGGUCAGGAGUGGGAAUAACAGGUGGUGUUCAUCGACUUUGGACUCAUCGGGCGUACAAAGCCAAGAUACCGCUUAAAAUUAUUUUAGCUGCAAUGUACUACACUGCUGGACAAAAUAGGAUUUAUAACUGGGUAAGAGAUCACAGGCUUCAUCAUAAAUACACAGAGACGCUUGCAGAUCCUCAUGAUACUAAUCGCGGUUUUUGGUUCAGUCAUGUCGGCUGGUUGAUGUUAAAAAAAAGACCGGAAGUCCGUAAACAUGGUAAAGAAAUUGACAUGAGUGACAUUCUCAAUGAUCCAGUUGUUCAAUUUUUUGACGGAAACUUUAUUGUACUCAACACACUACUGACUUUCGUGAUCCCAGUCUUGAUACCUGUUUAUUUCUUCAAUCAAAGCUUAAAAUGGUCGCUCAUAUCCCAAGUGUUCAUUCGGUACCCGUUGGUCUUAAAUUUUACGUGGUCUGUCAAUAGCUUUGCUCAUAUGUUUGGAUACCAUAGCUAUGACAAAAAUAUUGCACCGGCGGAGAAUGUCUGGGUAAGUUAUUUUGCUGGAGGUGAAGGCUGGCAUAAUUAUCACCAUGUCUUUCCGUGGGACUAUAAAGCCGCAGAAUCAAAAAGUAUCUUCUUCAAUACUACAACAGAUUGGAUCGACAUGUUUGCCAAAAUUGGUUGGGCGUAUGAUCUACGUCAAGUAUCUGCUGAGCAUAUAAAGCGAACCGUCGAAAGAAGAGGAGAUGGAACUCAUCGAGUUUAUUAAUUCAAAGCUAACCAAUAAAUUAUUUAAAUUAUUAUAGACAUUCAUUAAAUAUAAUAAAAGGAGGAUGAUAAUUCACCAAACUA